AUGUCAACAACAAGCUUUAGAUCGAGAAAAACAUCUGCCCCAACACGUUACCCGCAGCCUCAUUCCUUAAACAGUUAUUCCUCAAGCGGCAUUAAUAAUGAGAUCAGUGAUGAUUUAGCCCGCAAAAGAACAUCAAAAAAGGAUGAGGCAAUACGUAAAAGAGCAGAAUCAAAUUUAGCUAAAAAGAAUCCUCGUAGAGAUUCAAAACCAACUCAAUUUAAUAAUAACACAAAUGGAACAGUUACCUCAUUAAAACCUUCACAAGCAUUAACUGUCAGAGAAACAACUUUAGUGGUUGAAGCUUCGCAACUUAUGGCUGCUAAACGUGCUGAUUGUGUAUUGGUCAUAGAUGAAGAGGAACACUUAUCUGGAAUUUUCACUGCAAAAGAUUUAGCAUUUAGAGUAGUUGGUGAUGGUUUGGAUGCUGGAACAACCACUGUAAAACAAAUCAUGACUGCUGAUCCAAUGUGUGUAAAAAGUGAUACUUCUGCCACUGAUGCUCUUAAUACAAUGGUUAAAAAAGGUUUUAGGCAUCUUCCUGUGUGUAAUGAAGAUGGAGAUAUUGUGGGUCUCUUGGAUAUUACUAAAUGUUUAUACGAGGCAUUAGAUAAGAUGGAACGUGCAUAUGGCUCAUCUAAAAAAUUAUAUGACGCUCUUGAAGGUGUUGAAAAAGAAUGGACAGGUCAAACAAACUCCAUAAUGCAAUAUAUGUCCGUUCUACGUGAAAAGAUGGAGUGUCCUGAUUUGACAAGUGUAUUGGACGGUUCACUACCUGCUGAAGUUGGUAUGAAAACAUCUGUAAGAGAUGCUGCUAAAAUGAUGAGACAAUUUCGUACAACUGCUGUUUUGGUAAUGGAACACAAUAUGAUUGCUGGGAUUUUUACUAGUAAAGAUAUAGUAUUAAGGGUAAUUGCUGCAGAUUUGGAUCCUUCUACUUGUAGUGUUAUUAGAGUAAUGACCCCACAUCCUGAUACUGCUACUCCUAAUACCAGUAUUUUAGAAGCAUUAAAAAAAAUGUAUGACGGUCAUUACCUUAAUUUACCAGUGGUAGAAGGUACAACUAUCAUAGGAAUGGUGGAUGUAUUGAAAUUAACAUAUGCAACCAUGGAACAGAUGUGUUCAAUGAAAAGUCAAGAUAAUCAAGAUAAUAGUGGAUCAGAUAAUAAUUCAGGUCCUAUGUGGAACAAAUUUUGGAAUUCCUUAGAUGGAGAAAAUGUUGAUGACGAUGUUGAUGACAAUGAAUCUAUAUUAUCAGAUACAAUAGCUCCUUCGCAAAGUGCAUCAAAUAUACCACCUUCUUCGCCAAAUAUGCGUAUUAGUAGUAUGCGUAAUUCAGGUAAUAUUUCUCCUGUGCCCGAGAUUCAUCCCAGCGAAUCUGCCUCAGCAGUUGAUGAUAAAUCGGGUAUUUCAUUUCCUCGUGGUCAUGAAGAAAACUCUUUCACCUUUAAAUUUAAAGCUCCAAAUGGCAAAGCACAUCGUUUCACUGUUGAUUAUACAAGUGUUGAUAAUAUUCGUUCAACUGUAUUAUCAAAACUUCCAUCAACCAUAGAAGAUUUCACUAUCACAUAUAUUGAUGAUGAUGGGGAUAAUGUAACUAUGACAACAGAUGAUGAUGUGCUUGACGCCGUUAGAAUUGCUCAACGUCAAAAUGCAUCAAAGGUUAUUUUAAAUAUUGAAAUCAAAGAAAAUAAAAAUUCAUCGUUAUCAGCCGCAUCUUCACCAAAAUCCAGAGCUAUAACUAAUGACAAUGAUUUCGAAGAAGAGGAGGAUGAAUGGAAUGAUGUUAAUAACUUUAAUAUUAAUAGUAAAAGAAAAAGAAUGCCACGAUUAUCUGUAAAUAAGGAUAAUAAUAAAGAUAGUGGUAAUAUUAAUCUUUCAAUUCCAAAGGAACUAUUAUUACCCGGUGCAGUUUUAACUCUUGCUCUUGUAAUUGUAAGUAUGGCUUCACAAGGAAGACAAACAAUAAAUAGACUUAGUAGUAUGCUGCCCAAAGGUGGUGGUAAAGGACUAUUUACAGGAACAGGUGCAGUUUUAGCUUUAGGAACUCUUGGGUUUGGUAUAAAUGCUAGUUUGUUUAAUGCAAUAAAAUAUACUAGGAUUUCUGGUGUUCAAAGAAAAAUUUAUAAUGAAGGCACACAUAUUAUGAUACCAUGGUUCGAAACACCAAUUAUUUAUGAUGUUAGAGCUAAACCAAGAAGUAUUGCUUCUUUAACCGGAACAAAAGAUCUCCAAAUGGUAAAUAUCACAUGUCGUGUUCUAUCAAAACCAAAAGUUGAAGAACUAUCAACAAUAUAUAGAACCCUUGGAGUUGAUUAUGAUGAACGUGUUUUACCUUCUAUUGUAAAUGAAGUUCUCAAAUCAGUUGUUGCUCAAUUCAAUGUCUCACAAUUAAUUACUCAGCGUGAAAAAGUAUCAAGAUUGGUGAGAGAAAAUUUAAUACGUCGUGCAGAAAAAUUUAAUAUCAUUUUGGAUGAUGUGUCCAUCACUCAUGUUGCGUUCUCGCCGGAAUUUACUCAAUCAGUCGAGGCCAAACAAAUUGCUCAACAGGAAGCACAACGUGCAUUUUUUAUAGUGGAACGAGCAAAACAAGAAAAACAAUCAAUCAUUAUUAAGGCUGAAGGUGAAGCUAAAUCUGCUGAAUUGAUUGGUGAGGCUAUCAAGAACAAACCUGGAUUUAUUGAAUUAAGAAAAAUUGAGACAGCUAGGGACAUUGCUUCUACUUUAUCACGUUCUCAAAAUCGUGUACUAUUGGAUUCUGAUACUUUAUUAUUAAAUGUUUCUGAUCCUGCAAGGUGA